CUGACCCUGUUCAUUUUGGUGUAUUAUUACUUGUUGACGCGGUUCUUCGCCAACAGGUAAUUAAGAGAAGAAGAGAAAGGGAUUAGUACUGAAAAUAGAACCGUCACAGAUAUGAAAUCUUAGAGAAUGAACUAGGUGACUCCAGACACGUUUUUUAAGUGGUUCAAAGGUUAAAAUCCUUCUACUCCACUAGUCCAUGUUAUUCAUAUAUUCUGGGUAUUUGGUUUACAAAGUAUAUGGCUCUUCAGAGACUAUCUUUUCCAACCCCCUAUCAACUCCUAGGGUCCCAUAUUUAUAGGAGAAGGCACCUGGAAGUUGGUAGGGAGGUCAUCCCGUGACCUUACCAUUUGUCAUAUCAACUCUGUGACAAUUAUGAUUAAUUCCUAAACCUGACACAUGAGUGUGGUCUAAUCAGUAUGCAAGGAGAUAAUGGGCCGCACGGCCCAACCCAGCCGUGGGUGUCUGAAUGUGCACAUUCUUGCUGCGUGUCCGAGAAGUCAGGGGGAUAUCGGACACGUGAUGUCAGAUAUAUGCACGUUUAUCUUGCGUGUAUUGACUUUACAAAGGGUCAGAGAUCCAUGGCCAGCUCGUACAACGAGCUGCCUCCUUGAACCGACCUUCAGCCUUCAGGUCUUCUGAUGCCUUCAUCUGGUCUUGGGGGCCCUUGGCGAGCCUUUGAGGAUCCCUCAAGCUAAGAAGGUACGAUCUGGAAACAGGAUCUCCGGCCUGGGGGAGUCCUCGGACUAAACCAUGAUUAGUCCGAGACUCGACCUGCUAAUAAGCCCGUGGGAAAACGAGGGCGUACAUUACUCUUUUGUUUAAUGAAACAAAUCUGGUUUUAUUACUCUCUACGGUGCACUUUAUGAUUUUAUUUUAAUUUGAAUGAAAUAAUUCUGGUUUUAUGGUUUUGGUGUAUGUUUAUUACGCUUUGGUGAUUCGCAUUUCUGAUUUAUAUACUAUGUUAUCUUUCUUUUUAUGUUGCAGCAAUUUCAACUUGAAAAAUGAGUACAUUACGAAGAUCUCCAAAAAAACACCUUCGUUCAAGUGCUUUAUGCAAUCUUGUGGCCAAAAAGCGAAAAGCAUCAUUGAAGACUCAAGCUGAUUAUGACGAUAUGUGGCUUGGAAGCCCUGUUUUAAAGAAAAAGAGUGCUCUUCAUAGGUUUUCUGCACCUGUUAGAGUUGUAAUUAACUCACCACCUGCUCUUAGUACUAGAGCAGCAACUCGUCGUAUGGUCUAUAAUACAGAGCUAGAUCCAAAUGAUGAUGUGGAAGACAUGGAGAUGUCACUUGGAAGUUCAAAAACUAGACGAUCUCUUAAUUAUGAAGUAGAUAAGGUAGUUGAUAGUGUUUGUAAAAAGGGAGUAAGGGAGGAACAUGAAGAGAUAGCUGAUGAGGAAAGGGUUGGUGUAGAAUUUGAAGGGGCUGUUGCACAAUGUGAAGAAGUGGCUGAGAUAGAACUUGAACAAACUCUUAGAAAAUCUAUUAGAUUACAAAAUACAACUGAAGAGGCAAAUCAAACUGAGAUUGAAGAAAUACCUCAAGAUGUAGACGCGAAUGUAAUGAACUUAGCCAAGAAGACAAGGGGAAAAACUCUAUUGGCAAAUCUUACCAAGAGGAACAAUGACUUAAGGAUAAUAAAUUGGAAUGAAAAAGGGCAACCAAUUGGUACUAACUCAGUGCAAUUUUCUUCUUUUGUGGGCGCUCUUGUGCGAGAGGUUGUUCCUUACACUAUUUCAGAUUGGAGGAAAGUUUCACCAAUUAUGAGAGAUGUUCUUUGGGCAUCUAUUCAGGCACAAUAUGACUUACAUGAUGAUUGGCAAAAAAAGAUGUGCUUUGAAAUGAUGGGAGAACUAUGGAGAGCUGGGAAAUCUAGACUUGUAAAGGAUAUUAUCAAUGCAAAAAAUGAGAGUGAACGACUAGCCUUAAAGCUGGAUUGCAUAAAAAGUGAUGUAGAAUGGAGAGCAUUUGUUGCCAAAAAAAUUAGUAAAGAACAUUUUGUAAGAAAUAUGAUGUAAGAAGUGAUGUUGCUGCCUCUUUUAUCUCUGUUGGUGUUAAAUUAAAUAUAGUUAUGCCUCUUUUACUUAUUUAUUAAAUAGGAUAUAAGGACCAAAUACCAAGAGAGAAGAAAGAAAGUUGUUCCACACACCUUAAUUCGAAGAGGAUAUGCUCGAACAAUCGAUGAUAUGAAGAAAGAAAAUGAGGAUGUUAAAAUAUCUAGAAUCGAUGCUUUUCGGAGAGCCCAUACCAAGAAGAAUGGUGAACCUGUAAACCCAACGACAUCUGAUAUUUUUGGUUCAUUGAAUGAGAUUCUCCUUGAAGACCCAAAAUCUAGAACUACAGACAACGCUGAUGAGGAUGCCUUGACAAAAUUGCUUGGUAACCCAAAAUCUGGUCGUUUAAUCGGACAAGGAAGAGACGUACCAAGGUUAAAGUGACACCAAGCGAAGGACAGUCUCGCAAUGUACCGCAGUCAAACAAUAUUCAGUCCCCUAAGAGUAUUGCACUAGAAAAAAGACAUAACUUUACAGGAAGGAAGAAUGCUUGCUACUUGCUUGACUGGGCAGAUGUAAUUGUUGCUGAAGGUCGUUGGGAUUCUAGUGAUCCAAAGAUAAUUGUACAUGGAAAGCCUCUUGGACCAGAAUUUAUGCGGGUAUGGGUUGAUGUUUCUAUUGUACCAGAAUCUUACUUAUUUCGUCCUAAUCAUGCGAUGCUUACAAUACAAGAAGCAGUUGGUUCCACAGUUGGUUCUAAAAAAGUUAUUCCAAGAGAUGUGACAAGCGAAGUAGAAAAUGAUACUUAAGACUCCUUGAAAGUAGUAACUUUGUUUAUUUCUUUGUGUUGAAAGUAGUAACUUUUAGACUCCUUGAAUACUUAAAGAAUAGUUUGUUGUUGAUGAC